AUGAAGAUGUGCGAGCUCUGCAAAUCAAUAGCCAAGACCUUCUGCGAGUCAGAUCAGGCCAGCCUCUGCUGGUCCUGCGACGCCAAGGUCCACGGAGCUAACUUCCUCGUCGCUCGGCACUCCCGCACUCUGCUCUGCCACUUUUGCCAGUCGCUCACGCCGUGGCAGGCCGCCGGCGCGAAGCUCGGCCACACCGUCUCCUUCUGCUUGCGGUGCGCUAACGGAGAUACUCACGAGGCGCGAAGAGGGGAGGAGGUCGAGGAAGAGAGCGGGAGCGAGGAAUCGGAGCUGGAUGAAGAGGAGGAAGACGAAGAAGAUGAGGAGGAUGGGGAUAAUCAGGUUGUUCCGUGGUCUGCCUCGGCCACAACGCCUCCGCCAGCGACUUCUUCUUCUUCAUCUUCUGCAUCGGAGAGCGACGGCGGAGAGUACGUCGAAUCUAGGAAAGCAGUUUCUGUAAAACGAACAAGGGAGACAGAUCUACUAUCCUUGCUUGAGGGUGAUAUCGUCCGGCGAUCUGAUCACUGUCAGUCUGCGACUCGGUGUCACGCAAGCGAGUCGACUUCUCUUGACGAGUCGGUGAGACCUUUGAAAAACCGGAGAAUAAUCAGAACGGCCAUGCUCUGCUGCUCCGGCGCAAGAUCCGCGGCCAUUGAGGAGUGUUUGGCGAGGCUGGAUCCCAUUAGUCAAAAUCGUGUGAGAAUUUGUGAUGGGGAGGCGAUGGUGGCCGUUGAUGAAGGAGAUGAAGAAGUUUCAUCAGAAAAUCUCAGCCGUACGAUCUGA